GAGCCCUCGGCCGCCUCCGUGGCCAGCAGCCGCCUGCAGCUCAGCACCUCGCUCGCCUUCUCCGACCUCACCGAGGAGAUGCUGGACGCCAGCACCGACGGGCUGCUCCGCGAGCUGGAGGACCUGCGCUCCGAGAACGACUAUCUCAAGGAUGAGAUCGAAGAGCUGCGCGCCGAGAUGCUGGAGAUGAGGGAUGUCUAUAUGGAGGAGGAUGUGUACCAGCUGCAGGAGCUCCGGCAGCAGCUGGACCAGGCCAGCAAGACAUGCCGCAUCCUGCAGUACAGGCUGCGCAAGGCUGAGCGCCGCAGCCUGCGCGUGGCACAGACAGGCCAGGUGGACGGAGAGCUCAUCCACAGCCUCGAGCAGGACGUCAAGGUGGCCAAGGACGUCUCUGUGCGGCUCCACAAUGAGCUGGAGGUGGUGGAGAAGAAGAGGAUCAAGCUGGAGGAGGAGAACGAGGACCUGCGUCAGCGGCUCAUUGAGACUGAGCUGGCCAAGCAGGUGGUGCAGAACGAGAUGGACAAGCUCCGAGAGAAUUCCCUGAAGAAGCGUGGGUCUCGCUCCAUCGGGAAGACCGAGAAGAAGCCAUCCGUGCAGGAGGACAGUGCAGACCUGAAGUGCCAGCUGCAUUUUGCCAAGGAGGAGUCAGCCCUGAUGUGCAAGAAGCUGACCAAGCUGGCCAAGGAGAAUGAUGGCAUGAAGGAGGAGCUGCUGAAGUACAGGUCCGACAGCUCCCUCUCCGUGGAGGAGCUGGCUGACUCUCCCCACUCCCGGGAGGCUGAGUUGAAGGUCCACCUCAAGCUGGUGGAGGAGGAGGCCAACAUCCUCAGCCGGAGGAUAGUGGAGCUGGAGGUGGAAAACCGCGGGCUGCGGGCAGAGAUGGAUGACAUGAAGGGCCAGGGGGACCGAGAGCUGCCGGGGCAGGACACGCGGUUCCUGGUGGGCAUCUCCAGCUGUGGGGAUGCAGGGGACACGGUGGCAGAGCUACGCCGGCACCUGCAGUUUGUGGAGGAGGAGGCUGAGCUGCUGAGGCGCUCACUGCUGGAGCUGGAGGACCAGAACAAGCUCCUCCUGAACGAGCUGAGCAAGUACAAGUCUGACCACGAGCUGGACGUGACGCUGUCGGAGGACAGCUGCUCGGUGGUCAGCGAGCCCUCGCAGGAGGAGCUGGCCACGGCCAAGGUGCAGAUCAGCGAGCUGAGCGGCAAGGUGAAGAAGCUGCAGUAUGAGAACCGUGUGCUGCUCUCCAACCUGCAGCGCUGUGACCUGGCCUCCUGCCAGACCACCCGGCCCAUGCUGGAGACGGACGCCGAGGCCGGGGACUCGGCACAGUGCAUCCCCACAACCGGCUGGAGGGACGGGACGGGCGGCAGCGAAGCCGACGGGCAGGACAGGGUGCCUGGCGGUGGGAAGGUGUCUGAUGGUCCCACCAAGCUGCUCAAGCCCAAGGACCUGGAGACCUUGCUGGGCAUCCGGGACCAGGCGAUGCUUGUCAGCAAAGCGAUUGACAUCUUGAUUUCGGAUGCCAACGGCUUCACCUCUGGACUGAAGGCUUGCUUGGACAACGAGUGUGCAGGGGUGCUGCUGGGCGAGGCGGUGGGCAGCGGUGGUGAGAGCCCCAGCGAUGCCAAGCUGAUGAAUGUGCUCCUCAUGCGGCUGGGUGUGCUCCAGGACGCCGACCCUUACCGCAUCCCCCACGCCAAGGACACGGACCCCACACAUCCCCGGAGCUACAAAACCUGCCGGCCUGAGGAGAACGACUCCUACGCCACCGAGAUGAAGGAGCUGCAGCUGGUGCUGUCAGAGGCCAACGAGAGCCUGAGGGGACUGCAGGAGCAGCUCUCACAGGAGAGACAGCUGAGGAAGGACGAGGUGGACAACUUCUCACAGAAGAUCUGCCAGCUGAAGGAGGACCACCAGAAAGCACUGCUGCGACGGGAGUUCGAGCUGCAGAGCCUGAACCUACAGAGGCGUUUGGAGCAGAAGUUCUGGAGCCAGGAGAAGAACCUGCUGGUGCAGGAGUCACAGCAGUUCAGGCAGAGCUUCCUCCUGCUCUUCAUGAAGCUCAAGUGGUUCCUCAAGCGCUGGCGUCAGGGCAAGAUGGUGCACAGCGAGGGCGAGGACUUUUUGGAGGUGAACAGCAUGAAGGAGCUGUACCUGCUGCUGGAGGAGGAGGAGCUCGCCCCGCAGCAACAGGCAGACAACAAGAUGUGUGCCGGGGAGAGCUGGACCCCCAACACGCCCAACGAGUGCAUCAAGACGCUGGCGGACAUGAAGGUGACCCUGAAGGAGCUGUGCACGGAGCUGCGGGAGGAGCGACGCGGGGCCAGCGAGCUGCAGCAGCAGUUCAACACGGCCAAGGCUGCCUGGGAGAUGGAGCGUGCUGAGCUCAAGUGCCACAUCGCCCAGCUGGAGUCAAAGGCAGGCAAAGGGAUUGCAGAGCGUGCACUGCCAGACUGGAAGGUGGCGUUGAAGAGGGAGCGUGAGGAGCACCAACAUCUCCUGGCUGAGUCCUACAGUGCCGUCAUGGACCUCACGAAGCAGCUGCAGAUCAGUGAGAAGAACUGGAACCAGGAGAAGGUGGAGCUGCUGGCCCGCUUCAAGGAGGAGCAGCAGCAGGCAGAGCAGCAAGCGAAGGACCUGCAGAACAAACUCAACCAGUUGCAGAAGGGAACCAACCCAUGGGCAUUGAAGCACUCUGAAAUGGAGAAGCAUGGCAGCAACUGGAAAGAGGCUCUCAAUGAGAAAAUCACAGACAAGGAGACAAUCUCGGAAGCAGAAGCCAAGGGAACCAACCUCAAAAGGACCAAGUCUGUUUCCUCCAUGUCAGAGUUUGAAAGCUUGCUUGACUGUUCUCCCUACCUCCCUGGAAAGACUGUGCCAGGGCUGGGUGACCAUUCCCUGGGCAAAAAGGCAUCCUCAACCACCCAGCUGCUGCCCAACGGGAUCCGGGACAGCGCCAGCCUUCCUCCCUCAAACUGUACAUAUGUGAAUAUUGAACAACCUGCCCCUGACAGCCUGGCCAAGGAGAAGCUUGGCAUCUCCUCCUGGGACUACUCACGGGCAAACAGCCUCUCUGGGCAAGACCCAGCCCAGAAGCAGAUACAGAGGAGCUACACAGCACCUGACAAGACAGGGAUCCGCAUCUACUACAGCCCACCGGUGGUGCGGCGGCUGGAGGCACCUCUGGUGCACAACAAGGAGGGGAAGAUCAUGAUUGAACCUGGAUUCUUGUUCACCAUGGCCAAGCCGAAGGAGCCGGAGGAGUCAGCCAGUGCCGAGGGCACCUACAGCCAGUGGCUGGGCAACUUCUCCAAGCAGCAGCGGGAGCUGCUGGACAGCGGUGCGGUGGAGAGCGCGGUGCCGCCAGUGCCUCACUUCCCCCCGUCACUGCACGACCUGGAGAUCUCCGGCAACAUGAGCGAUGACAUGAAGGAGAUCACCAACUGCGUGCGGCAGGCCAUCCGCUCCAUGAGCGUUGGCCUCCAGACCGACCUGCCGCGCAGCAGCGGCGUGCACGGCAAGAGCUGGUCCCCGCGCAGCUCCUCUCUGGUGUCUGUGCGCAGCAAGCAGAUCUCCUCCUCCCUGGACAAGGUCCACUCCAGGAUUGAGCGGCCGUGCUGCUCCCCAAAAUACGGGUCUCCAAAGCUCCAGAGGAGGUCUUCCUCCAAGCUGGAUGCCUCCAAGGACAGGAGCCUCUGGAACCUGCACCAGGGCAAGCAGAACGGCUCUGCCUGGGCUCGUUCCACCACCACCCGCGACAGCCCCGUCCUCA